AUGGCGAGCAGCUGGCGGCUGAUUGUCUCAUUCUCGCAACUUCUGAACCCGGUUCUGUGGCUUAUGUUGAGACAGCGAAAUCUUGAUGGAGAAAGCAAUCUCAAGGAGUUUUGGCUGAGUGGUGCCGAAAUCAUUUAUGACGUUCCAAAUGGAAACAUUUACGAAUUCCAAGCGAACGCGCAUGUCAUUCUCAGAGGUGCCCGACUGAAGAAUACGGACAACAUCUAUGGCAUCGUGCUCUACACAGGACAAGACACCAAGCUCUUCAUGAGCAGUAUCAAACGUGUUAUGAAAUGGUCUGUGGAUGUCCUUUUUACCGUUCGUGUGAACAGUGAAUGUAGCGUAACAAUACAAUAG